CAACCAAAAGAGGAAGUAAAGCAAAUUGCUAGCAAAGAGCUAAACACGUUACUUUUGUUUAAAAAACAACAACACAGGCGUGUUUUUACACAGUCGUGGUUCGCCAGAUAAAACGUUUUGUGAACAACUGACGGUUUCCCGAGGCGGCAGCGGUCACGCAACUGUCCCAAAACACAACAAUGGAUAAUUUCGAAACGCCUUACGAGGUUGAGGAUGAAUUCAUUGAAUGCACGGUCUGUGAAAAAUCCAUAAGAGGAGAAACCUUGUAUAAGAUACACCUGACUACGCUUGGACACAUUAAGAAAGAGGAGGGCUUUGUCACAGGGGGGCGUGGAUUCAGAAAACGUGCCAUACCGGAUUUCAAGGACAUUUCAGAAUAUCUGGAUUACUUGAAGCUUGAUGAGCCCAUCAUUGGUUUACACUAUCUGGAACAAGUGACAGCUACUGACCCGCAAUCAGGUCCCAGAUAUUUAUGUAAGCCAUGUCAUCUGACUGCAAACCUGGCGGAAAUGGUCCACCAUGUGAUUGGACGUAAACACAGACAGAAAUAUGUGGAAGUGCAACGGCCAGAUUUGGUGACCUGGGAUAAACAAUCUUUAACAAACCAAGGAGGAAAGAUCAUGCGAGCCAAAGCAGAAAUAAUAGAGAGACAGGAUGGACGAGGACAACCAGUGCCAAUAGCAAGCAGAGGGAGUGAAGGCAGGUUAAACAUGUCAAGAGCUCUGCCAAAGCAGUAUAAAAAUAGGGACCAAAGAUUUUUACAGACCCGACAAGAUGUUCCAUCACGCUUAACAGGACCCAAGGACUAUGAGAAUGAAUAUGGCCAUCAAGAAUUCUCAGACACACCACAAUUCCACCAAGAGGAACCUUACAGGGAGACAGACAGAAUGGUCUACCAAUCGGAGGAUGAUCGCAGUGAUGCCCACAUGGAGGAGGAGCGGGGCAGGGUUGAUUACAGAAGAAAUAAUUACGGAGGAGAAUAUGUUGAAGAUCCUCAAGGAAGCACCGAAUAUGAGCCAGGUGGUGAUGCAUGUUAUUAUCCUCAGGAGAAAGUGCCAAUGCCGCAUGGCCAUAAACCGCAUGUAGAGUAUUACCCAGAGAAGGCUGCUUCUUAUAGAAGACCCAACACAGAAAGCGAUCCUCUAAAGGAAUUCUACUCGGAGGAAGUUCGGCGCCAGCAAAUUCGCUCUGAGCAUCAGCGCACACAGCGGAUCUACCCAGAAGAGCAACGGCAGUGGUCUCUGGACAGGGAAUCUGUUAGACAUACGAGUAAGAAUAGAGCGAGUAUGCAGGGAUUUAGUGAACCGGAGGCUAAAAGGCACUGCAUUGCUCCAAUGGAGAAUGACCAAUCACAUCAUCAUUUGUUUAAUGUCAUCAAAGAUUAUCAGCACACAUUGAGAGAACCGCUUGAAGAGCCAGGGCCAAGUAUAAAUGCCCUUCCUUCCUCCGAGAGAAAGAUGCAUAUUACUAAAAGCAUGUCUGGUAUCCCUGAGCCCUUUAGACGUUUUUUGACAGGUGCCACAGGUGAAGAACAACAUGGCAAAAGAAGGAGAAAAAGUCGCUUCUCUGAUGCCACAGCAGAGGAGGUGGAAUUGACACAGGAAAUGAUCAGGAAUGAAUUUGGACCUCCAAAUCCAAAGUUUGCCAGACCCUCUAGACUAAAUGUGCCACUGAGACCCGAAACCCAUGCAACACAUAAUGCUGAACUCUACACAGAAUCACAGACCCCACAUCAUUCUGAAGACUACCAUGGAGGGGGCUCAGAGAAUGUGUUUGAUAUGCUGAAAGGCCUUGAAAUUGAGAAUGCAGAAGAUGCCAACUUCCUGAAGAGCAAACUUUGCAACCUUUUGAAAGAAUUUAAGGCCAAAAAAUCAGAGAAAACUGUGACCCAAGGCGGCACAGUUUUCAGCAGGGAUUACAACAGGUUAAACACUGAUCCACAGCUGUCUUCAGGACUCCAGUAUGAUAGACCCCUUGAUGAAGAUUUAGACCUUAGACGGCCACAAGACUUGAGCUUCAAAGAUGACCACAGAAGACAAAGCUGGAAGCAGCAGGAGUAUACACCUGAUGAACAGCUUCAAGAACACCAUCAUUCUGUACGCAGGGAACCUGAACACAACUACAGGGGCCGUUAUGAAGACGUUUUUGGGUGCCCUGGAAUGUCUCAUACCUUUCCUGCUACUUGUUCAGAUGAGACGGUACAGUAUACUGAAAGGUUGGAAGAACCCAUGCACCCCAUUGACCACCGACCUGCUGCUAAGAGAUACUUCGACUCCCACUCUCCUUCACCUUCCCGACACAUGGAAGAAGGACGCAGGAUGCACAGGAUCCCUCGUUACUCCAACAACCUGGAUAAAAUAACCUCCACUCUUCUGGAACUUGUGGCGAGGAAAUAAUGACUUAUCAGAACAUCUUCUGUAAAAUACAUAUCCAUAAUGUAUAUGGAGUACGUAUUUGUAUCACCAGUAUUUGAUUAUUAAUUUUAUUCUUUUACUUAGCAGUUUGAUUUAGACUUGCUUUAGUUUGCCAUAGAUUUUAGACCAUUCGAUGCAGGCAUUUUGUGAAUAAUUCCAUUAAAGGGUGUCCUGAAUAUUGAA